UGCAUGACACGCAUCUUAUCAGUUGCAUUUGAUCGCAUCUCGUAUACCGAAUUCUGUCAUCUGCAACCGUGUGAACGUGUUGUGAACCACGUGCGCCCGUCCCUUGGUUCUCGUCACACAGCUCGCCCAUGAUGCCGAGCCCUGUCUUGCCUGGAAUGAUUAAUUAACUCGGUGUACACUACCCCGUUCGACACAUCUCCGCCAGCGUCCACCGGCCAGGGCCCGUACAGGACAGACACAAUGGGAAGCCUCUGGAACAGAAUAAGAGGCUCAAGCCCCCAGCGAUACGCUCGUCUCCCUCUGCUUGAAAACGAGCCUGCUUCACCGUCAAAGUACAGACGCACCAGCCGGUCGAGCAUCUUGCGGUGGGCUAUUGCUCUCGUCGCAAUCGCCGGUCUAUUCGGUCUCUAUGGUCUCACUAGAGUUUCGGCCGCGCCCACGAAUAAGUCCUGCGACUCCAUCGAUGAGGGGUACCGCUGCAGCCCUGACAUCUCCCAUUUCUGGGGCCAGUACUCACUCUGGUUCUCCGUGCCCUCCGAAAUCAACGUCGAACCCCCCAAGGGCUGCUCCGUGAGCUUUGCCUCUGUUCUCUCUCGCCAUGGCGGGCGCGAUCCGACGCUCGGCAAGUCCAUGUCGUACGCAAUGUUAAUCGCAGAAAUCCACAACUCCAGCAGGGCGUAUCCGGGGAAAUUUGCUUUCUUGAAGGACUACACUUACAACCUUGGCGCGGACCAGUUGACUGAUGCUGGAAGACAGGAGAUGGUCAAUUCAGGCGCGCACUUCUAUCGCCGGUACUCGAAAUUAGUGUCGAAGAAGUCACCAUUUGUGCGCUCGUCUGGCCAAAAUCGGGUCGUGGAGUCUGCCCAGAAAUGGCUUGAGGGGUUUGCCCAAGCCGCGCAGGAGCCAGUCGGCACUAUUGAAGUGACGAUCCCAGAAGGAGCCGGCACGAAUAACACUCUCUCCCACGAAAUCUGUACCGCCUUCGAAGACGGUCCUCUAAGCGAAGUGGGUGACAACGCGCAGGCUAUAUGGGCGUCCGAAUUCAUUCCAUCCAUUCAAUCCCGCAUCAACUCGGAACUGGGCACGAAUCUCACCUCCAAAUCCAUCAUCUACCUCAUGGAUCUGUGUCCAUUCAAUACCCUCGCGUCUCCGGAUGCCAAGAUAUCUGACUUCUGCCACCUCUUCAGCAAAGAUGAGUGGCGUCAGUACGACUAUUAUCAGUCCCUGGGCAAAUUCUACGGCUAUGGAAACGGGAACCCACUUGGGCCCACUCAAGGAGUUGGUUUCGUAAAUGAACUACUCGCAAGACUGACCGAGACACCUGUGAGUGAUAACACCAACACCAACACCACUCUCGAUUCGAAUCCACAGACAUUUCCUCUCAACCGCAAGGUCUACGCAGACUUCAGCCACGACAACGACAUGUCUGGAAUCUUUGCCGCACUCGGGCUCUACAACCACACUACCCCCCUCUCCAACACCACAGUCCAGGGCACGGACCAAACAAAUGGCUUUUCUGCUGCGUGGACUGUACCUUUCGCAGCUAGAAUGUAUGUCGAGAAGCUUAGCUGUGAGAAAGAGAAGGAAGAGUUUGUGCGAGUUAUCUUAAACGACCGUGUUAUGCCCCUUAAGUUCUGCGAUGGGGAUCAAUACGGAAGGUGCAAACUGAGUAAAUUUAUAGAAAGCCAGAGUUUUGCCAGAAGUGGAGGGCACUGGAACCAGUGCUUUAUAUAGACAGCUGGAUCUCGUCGCAUUUAGAAUAUCAUACGGUUUUGUAGAUAUUCAUUUCCGCACAAUCGUAGUGCAUCUCGCGUCUUUGUUCGCACUGCUUUAAAUUCCAAGUCAACACUCCCAUUUUCAC